CUUUUUUUUCCCCAUGUGACAGCUGAAUUACAGGUAGCAGAAGCUGUUGCUCUUGUAAAUACCCUCCAUAACUGGACAGUGUUAGAUAAAAUAAUUCUUCCUACAAAAAAUCUUGACCAGAAGCUUAUUUUUGGGAAAGGAAAUUUUCAAAUUUUGACAGAAAAGAUUAAAAGAUUACCCCAAGCAACAGCUGUCUUUUUGAAUUUAGAAAGAAUAUCUACACUGACAAAGAAAGAACUGGAAGAUGCCUGGGGCGUGAAGGUUUUUGACAGAUACACAGUUGUCCUUCAUAUUUUUCGUUGCAAUGCUCGGACUAAGGAAGCAAAACUUCAGAUAGCAUUGGCUGAAAUCCCACUUCUCAGAUCAAAUUUGAAAACUGAGGUAUCUCAUUUAGAUCAGCAAAGAGGUGGAUCAAGAUACAUCAUGGGUUCAGGUGAGACUUUCUUGGAGACUCAGACUCGUCUCUUGAGAGAGAGAGAAUUAAAAAUUAGGAAUGCCUUGGAGAAUUUAAGAAGAAAAAGAUCUAUACUCAGAACUCAGCGUCAAAAGCGUGAGUUCCCAGUGAUCUCAGUAAUGGGCUACACUAAUUGUGGGAAAACCACAUUGAUCAAGGCAUUGACUGGAGAUGCAGGACUGCAACCUCAAGAUCAGCUAUUUGCCACUCUUGAUAUUACAGCUCAUGCUGGCUACCUACCCUCACACCUAGCAGUUAUUUAUGUUGACACUAUUGGGUUUCUCUCUGAUCUGCCUCAUGACCUCAUUGGGUCCUUUUCAGCCACUUUAGAAGAGGUGGCUCACUCAGAUUUAAUAGUUCAUGUGAGGGAUGUUAGUCACCCUGAAACUGUCCAACAGAAAGCAAGCGUUUUGUCUGUCCUGAAGAAUCUUAAUCUCCCAAGCCAUUUACUGGAUUCAAUUGUAGAAGUUCAUAACAAAGUAGAUUUGGUAGAACGGUAUGAGCCUAUUGAACCAAAUGCUGUAGCUAUUUCUGCUCUUCAUGGGUAUGGAUUAGAAGAUCUUAAGGAGGAAAUUGAGAGGACAGUUUUGAAAGCAACAGGGAAGAAGAUUCUGACAAUUAAGGUCAACUUAACAGGACCUCAACUAAGUUGGUUGUAUAAAGAAGCAACAGUUCAAGAAGUGGAUGUUAUGCCUGAUGAUGGAACAGCCAGCGUAAAAGUGAUAAUAAGUGAAUCUGUCCUAGGCAAAUUCAGAAAAACUUUCCCACAAUAAUAAUAUCCUAAAAGAUUACUACAACAUUGCUGUUUGGAAAAAUAAUGAAUCAUGCAUCAUUAAAAGUAUUUGCAAUUAAUCUAAUAAACUGCGUGCUCAGAUAUAAUAAAAA